AUGGCGGAACCCUCUCCUCCGUCACUGUACAAACCGAACGGAAACCACCGUGCCGCCGCCGCCACAGUCAACGACCGCCCUCGAGACCGGUCCCGUUUGACUCGUUGUGAAGUCCCGAUCAAAACCCACCUGUUAUCCCGACUGGAAAGCUCGAAGUCUGGCCACGAUAUUGACUGGUUCAAACCGGAGGUUUUCGCGCUAUUGCACCGCCGUCUCCGCCGUCCAUUUCCGGUGAACCUGGUGAGGGUAGGAAGGGUGAGCGUUGGUGUGGAGAUUUUCCGUCGCCGGAAAUUUCUCUACACGCCCACGCGCUGCUGGCGCGGGUGGCGACGCGUGGGCAAGGCUGGUGAAGUUGCUUUUUAUCUUGAUGAGAUCCUUAGGUUGCCACGAGUGCGUAGGAUUUUGCGGAUCUCAAUUUGGAACCGGACCUUAGGAUAUUCCAUUGGACGUACUUCGGUCGAUCAUUCGCAGCAGGCAGGACCCUCUCGGGGCCGGGCAGCUUGGGAUUAUUUGACUUGUUAUGAGAUUUGUGAGCUACACGUGUCGUUGGCAAUGCCGGAGUGUGAGCUAUGGAGUUCUGUCCCCUGGUUGGACUACUCAUCCUUGGACGCGGGUUAG